CUAGUGUAGUCUUUUGAGCAGUGCAUGAUGGUGUAUUUCGAGUGGUUUUCAAAGGAAGGAGGAAUAUUUGUCGCAAGAGACCUGACCCAGUGAAGUGUGGGAUAAUGGGACGCCACUCCUCUGACAGCGAGGAGGACAGCCGUAGCAGGAGGAAGAAGAAGGAAAAGCACAGAAAGCGCACCUCUUCCUCCAGCUCCUCCGGCAGCCGGGUGACCAGCCGCAGCAAGAGGUCGAGCAGACGCAGCCGCUCGCCGAGCCGCUCCAGAGACAAAGACAGAGACAGGAGACGCAGGCGGCGGUCCAGCAGCAGCUCGUCCCACGGCUCGUCCCGUAGGAGGAGGAGUCGGAGCGGAGAUAGAGACCGAGGCAGGACCAACCGCUCCCAUAGGUCACGCAGCCGCACCCGCAGGUCUCGUGAGCGGCGGCGGUCUCGCAGCAGGAGCAGCGGCCGGUCCACCCGCAAGAAGAGCCGCAGCCGCAGCCGCAGCCGAGACCGCAGCCGGCGGAAGGGCCGCGACAAAGACAAGGACAAGGAGAAGGACAGGGACAGGGACAGGGAGAGGGACAGGGAGAGGGACAAGGGCAGAGACCGAGACAAGGACAGGGCCAAAGACAAGAGGUCCGACAAACAAGGGGACAGCGCCAGCAUCAAAGCAGCAUUAGAACAUCUGACACCUGCAGAACAGGCCAAGGCUCGACUCCAGCUGGUGCUCCAGGCUGCAGCCAAAACCGAUGAGGUGCUGAAAGCCAAGGAGAGGAAGGACGAGGAGGCCAAGAAGAUGAAGUUGGAAGAGGGGACGUCGCUGGCGGAGCAAGUGCGAAGGAUAAAGGACAUUGAAGCCAUUGAGAGCGAAUCCUUUGUUCCCCAGGCUUUCAAAUCAUCCCGAGACGGUGUCAAGACUGAGUCAGUGAAAGUCGAGCAGGAACCAGACGACCCACCUCUGCUCCUUACAGACAUCAUCUCUCUACCUACUACAAUCCGCUACAAUGACAGCGACACGCUAGCACACCCCAGUUUGUUCCUGGACAAGGAGAAGGCCGAGGAGAUGUGGCUCAACAGGCUGAUGUCCCUCCGCCAGGAGAGGCUCAUGGGAAGUCCUGUGCCCUGAUUGGACGAGCAGCUCCCCGGACCAAUGGAAUCAUCUGAACUGAGGAAACUUUGGUCCUGGACUAAAUCCACCUGUCCUCACCAUGAGUAGGGACAGGAGUUUUUCCUGACCACGUGACCUAGCUCUAGUUAGUCUAUCCUUGUCAGAUCACAAGGUCAGGAACAACUCCCUGUCCCUAAACAUUUAUACAUUUUUAUUUAAUCCCUCAUUCGCUGGACUUCCCUCAGACUUUUUGUCAAGAAACUACAAAGCUUCUGUCUUUAAGAAGAUUUGUAUUUUUGUUUAUUUUUUUAAUAUCCCAAAUGAGUUAUUGAAAUGAUACAUAGAAAAUGUGCACUGUCUUUUGGAUAUGUCAAACGUUGAUCAAUUGUGUUUGAGUGAAUUUUAUAGAAAUGAAAUCUCCCCUGUGAAGAAAAUCCAUGAUUAGUAGACUGAGUCCUGUUUAUUGACUGUUUUGAACCUGAUGUUUCUCAUCUAGGCAACGGUGCCUUCCGAAAGUAUUCACACCCCUUGACUUUUUCCACAUUUUGUUGUUACAGCCUGAAUUUAAAAUGGAUUACG